AGUAAUUUAAGUACAUCUAUGCAUUCAUUCCCAGAGUCACAUUGGGACAAGUCAUCAUCUGAAGAGAAGAAGUGGCUUGAUGUCACAGAAAAUAGUCCUCAACAGAGUCACUCUGAGCAACAUCCAGAGGUGUCUGCUUCUUGUAUAUCUGGUGAGUUUCCUCGAAGAGCAAAGAAAGAAGAUAUGGAACGACUAUCUUCACAGAAGACAGAAAAAAGCAAUUUGAUGUUGUUUAAACUGGAGGAUACAAGAAAAGGAAAUGCACCAUUUUUCCACAUGGCAGAGUCACAUUUGGACAUAUCAUCAGAGGCAAAACAGAAGAGGCCUGAUGAUACUGGACAUAGCCAGCAAGAGAGUGAUUCCGAGCAAGAUAAUGAGGAGUGCACUUGUUGUCUAUUUGUUGCAUUCCAUUCAAUCACAAAGAAUAAAAUAAAAGGAUAUGUAAAAGGACAAAAACACAGGGAAGAAACAGCAAAUGGAAAAGGCAAAAGAAGUACAAAUAGUUGCGGAGCAUUCCCCAAACCCACAGAUGUUAGAUCACUUUCUUCAUACAACAGAGGAAAAAUAAAAUUGGAAUUGGUUGAGCCACCUGAUACAGGAAAAGAAGACAUACCAGUUUCCCACAUGGCAGAGUCAAAUUUGUACAGAUCAUCUGAGGCAGAACAGAAGAGGCUUCAUGAUAUGGAUGAUACUGCACAUCACCAGCAAAAGAGUGAUUCUGAGAAACAUCAAAAGGUGUGUGCUGCUUGUGGGUCCAGGACAUUUGAACCAAGCACAAAGACAAUAAAUGGACAUGGACAAGGUAAGAACCAUAUAGAAUACAAAAUACAUUGUAAAGGGCAUUGCCAAAAAAUAUGAGCACUGGCAUACAGUACUUGUUCAAGAAAUAUGUCUAUUAAAAUAAAUAGUAGGGUUAAAUAAAUAUAAGAAAUGGUGUAUUUCAUUACUUUUCAGCCACAGGUUGAAUUGAAUGUAUUGCUUAAGGAAUUGCAUUGUGAAUUGCAUUUGACACAUGCUUCUCUCACAGGUAAAUCUGAAAUAAGGAAAAUAACAGAAGAAGAGGGAGUGAAGACUGAGAAAGGCAGUAAGUACACAUAGUAAAAAAAAAUAGAAAGAAUAAAUGGUAG